CUCAAAAGUCUAAAUGGCAACACCCUUCACCAAUAACUCCAUCCUUAUCCUUCUACUCAUUGCAUUCCUGAGUUUCAACCAAACCCUAGCCAGCCAGAGGUCCUGUACUACAUCCCUAGUACUUGGUCUGAGGCAUGCUCGGAGUUCCAUUCGGAGUCCAACAUCCUCCGCUAACUCAAAAAAGAUACCAUCACAAGUCUUAGACUUGAUGGAGCCACUGAGGGAAGUCAGAGAUGGGUAUCUGAUAUCUCUCAAUUUGGGGACACCCCCACAAGUCAUUCAAGUUUAUAUGGAUACUGGUAGUGACCUUACUUGGGUUCCUUGUGGAAAUCUCUCUUUUAGUUGCAUGGAUUGUGAUGACUAUAGAAACACUAAACUAAACCCUACUUUCUCUCCUUCAGCUUCUUCUUCAUCACUUAGAGACCUAUGUGGUAGCCCCUUUUGCAAAGAUAUCCAUAGCUCCGAUAACGCUCUCGAUCCAUGCACCAUGGCCGGUUGCUCACUCACUACCCUUAUUAGGGGAACAUGUCCUAGACCAUGCCCUUCAUUUGCUUAUACCUAUGGUGCGGGUGGGGUUGUCGUAGGGACCCUUAGUAGAGAUACACUAAGGGUUCAUGGAUUUAGUAGCAGUAACCCUAGCAAUGUCACUAGUGAAAUUCCCAGUUUCUGUUUUGGGUGCAUUGGGUCUACUUUUAGAGAGCCAAUUGGUAUUGUAGGGUUUGGUAGGGGACCGCUUUCCCUCCCAUCGCAACUAGGGUUCCUACAAAAGGGCUUCUCUCACUGUUUCUUGGCCUUCAAGUAUGUAAACAAUCCCAACAUUUCAAGCCCUCUAGUUAUAGGAGAUGUUGCUAUUUCUUCUAAAGAAAAUAUGCAAUUCACUCCAAUGUUGAAGAGUCCCGUUUACCCUAAUUACUACUAUAUUGGUCUGGAAUCUAUCACGAUAGGUAAUAAUAGUAUUACACAAGUGCCCUUAAGCUUGAGAGAGUUUGAUUCACAAGGUAAUGGGGGCAUGUUGAUUGACUCAGGAACCACUUAUACUCAUCUUCCUGAGCCAUUUUACUCGGACGUUCUUUCAGUGCUCCAAUCAGUGAUAACAUAUCCUAGAGCCAAGGAAAUGGAGAUGAAGACUUCUUUUGAUCUUUGUUAUAAAGUUCCAUACACAACCAAUGCUUCCUCAGAUAAUCUCUUUCCUUCAAUCACUUUCCAUUUCUUGAACAAUGUAAGCCUUGGAUUGCCUCAAGGCAAUCACUUCUAUGCUAUGGGACCUCCAAUCAACUCCACCGUGGUGAAAUGCUUGUUGUUCCAAACCAUGGAUGAUGGCGAUUAUGGGCCGGCCGGAGUGUUUGGGAGCUUCCAGCAACAAAAUGUGGAGGUCGUGUAUGACUUGGAGAAGGAGAGAAUUGGGUUUCAAACAAUGGACUGUGCUUCAGCUGCAGCCUCUCAAGGCCUUCACAAAAGAUAGUGGGAUGGUAGUUCUUGCUGUGUUGUGCAACUGCUUAUCAGCAGACAGAAUACUGUGAGGAUUGGCGGUUGUGAUAUUUGAAUUCCUUUUGCUUUGUGCCUUUAUCUUUGAUUUCCAUGCUUUGUUGCCCUAAAGAGAUAAGAAAUGAGCUGGUUAUAUUCCCAUAGCUUGGUGAUAGGA